AAUGUACGAGAGUGACGGGAGCGACGAGGGAUCUUCCGAAAGUGCCACGUCGUCUCCACCGUCUGCUUCCGACCACAACAACGCUCGGCUGUCGGCUGAUGGGACCAAGCAGAAAAGCCCGGACGCUCUCGUCUCCGGACCGGGGCCAGAACCAGAAGUCCCGUCGGCUGCGGCGGCUUUUCUGCAGCGCGAUGUUGGUCGAGAGCUCGUACAAAAAUCUUCCGCCGACCACACCGCCUUGGCUGCGAAACAAGUGCAUCAAGUCGAAGAAACUACCGAGGGAGGAGCCGCUGAAAAUCUGGCCGGGAUGUUGGAGCAAGAAGGUGCUGCUCCGAUUUUUGAAGAUGCCGCCCACACCAACCACGGAUCCGAUCAUCUCUUUGCCAGCAGUGACGACCACCAAGGAGGCUCAACGUCUGCAGCCUCUUCGCCAAGUCAUGAUCUGGGUCGUGGGGCACCGGCGGAUGCGGCCGAGCAAGAAGUGUCGGAGGAGCUGCAAGGAACCAGCGCCGGCGGGCCGUCAUCCUCUACUUCCACUUUUGCCGAAACCGUUUCCGGAAAAUUAGUGGACGACGCGGCGCUGAUGUUGAGCAACUCCACGCUGAAGCUGGUGCCCGACGAAGACGAUGGAGUGGAGGACAAGCUUUCUGGGACAACUACGUCGGCUGAGAAGUCGCAGCUUCAGCCCCAGGAACAAAGCUUCGUCGAGACGGCUUCUGGUCCUCGUCCAAUGUUGGGAAGGGCUUUGAGCACACCCCUGCCGUCGACAGACAGGGGCGACGCGCCGGUCGCAGCCGCGGGUCCUCUCCAACGCACGAUGAGCGACUCUGCUCUCCUCCGAACAAAUACAGAAGAGCCGGGACUGCCCUGGUCUCUUGUGGGGAAAGGUGCUAUGGGCGCGUGGCAGUUUGCCACAGACGCUGCUAAUUCCGUUUCGCUGAAAAGCGAAAAAUUUCUGCAUGUGCGUGAUGUUGAUAAACUCACGCACAAAAUUCAGCAGCAGGAGGAUGUCAUUGAGGUGGCAGGAAGAUACCCACCAGUCCAAGGCGAGGCCGCGCCAGGUGACGCACGAAUUCGCAAGGGGAACUGCAAACUCAAAUACUAUCGCUCACUAGCGCACCCGCACAAAGCCAAAAAAACUGAGGAGCAUGAUUUCGUCGUUUUCGAGCCUCUACUUGAAGUUGAAGGUGGCCGCACUCCACCCCCUCAGAAGACAACAAGAGUCGUUGCUGAAUACAGCAAACCUAUGACAGGAAUCUUCUUUCUGCUAUACUGGUCGGCGUCGGUUUCUCCAUGUAUUUUCCCUGCAGCUCGACUAUAGUAUUUGUAGAAAUUCCCACAGAAUUUAGAUAAGCGUACGGCGCAGGCGCAACCAGGGACACAGCGAUAGCGACACGAGGUCGCUUGUGACAACAGCUCUCGAGCACGCGUUUGUUGUCCCAGUAGACGAUAAAGAGUGACAUGCUUGCAGUCUAAGUGAAAAAUCUCUUUGCAGCGACUUCUGGAUACAUUUUCCUGAGCCAGAAGAGGGAUAAAAUGCGUUCUCCCCCCGACGUCGAGC